AUGGCAGAAGCCGGUGGCUUCAAGAUGGGUGCAGGGCUGUGGCGGACUGGGUCCCCCAGUGCUCGCCUGCCUGUGAACUGGUGGUGUUCGGAGGGCGAGAAGAAUGUAAGAAAUAUUAACCCUUUAUUUGACUGCUUUCUUUCAGAGAUGUGGUACUGGGUUUUCCUCUGGGCUCUCUUCUCCUCUCUCUUUGUCCAUGGUGCUGUGGGAGUAUUAAUGUUUGUGAUGCUGCAGAGGCAUAGGCAGGGGAGGCUGAUCUCUGUCAUUGUGGUCAGCAUUGGAUUUCUGGGUUCUAUAACUGGAGCAAUGAUAACCAGUGCUGCAGUAGCUGGAAUUUACAGAGUAGCAGGAAAGAAUAUGGCUCCCUUAGAAGCUCUUGUCUUUGGUGUUGGACAGACAGUACUGACAUUAAUUAUAUCAUUUUCAAGAAUUCUUGCAACGCUUUGAGACUAUGUAAAAGGGGGAAAAAAUCAACUAGUUUAACAAAAUCUUAAUCUGAAGAGAAGCUUCCUGAAAGCAGAUUCAUCAGCUUACGAACUUGAAUUCUAGCGCAAGAGAGAGGAAGCUAUGUGGAACCUGCACUACAAAUCUAGAGGUUCGGUCAAAUGAACAGACUGUCCUCUAGUGUCUGAACUGUUGUACUUCUGCACUGCGCCUUAUGUGCCUCCAUCGUAGGCAAGGUGCAAUCCAUGUGUGCAAAGUUGAGAUAAAGCACCUUGAACAGCUGCCAGUCAGGUUAAUGCUUGGUGAUGGGAUCAUUCUUCUUAACAGUGUUGUAAUAAAAUAAAGGGACGCUCCUGAAAAUUGCUGUAUGUGUCAGACUUGGAGUUUAAUUCUUAACUGUUGGUGGGUAAGCUUUGAAAUUGUAAUUGUAGAAGAAUACUGCGAACGUACAUUCUACUUGAAUUCAGGUAAAAUAGCAAGAUAACUGACCUUUGUAUUAGCAGAAUCUCUUUGAAUGCUGAAAAUUCUUAUUCAGCAUUAAAAACAACUGUUAGGUCCAUUUUGAAGUAUAGAUGAAUAUUGAUGGGGUUUAAGAACCACAGCUUUAGCAACCCUGAUGUAAUUAGCACUAUGUGUAGAAUGGCUCACGGCAGUUUUCUGAAGCUCAGCACAUCACUUCUCUGUGGUCUUAGCUUGUCAGAAAUCAGUAGUUUAAGGAGACUGUAUGAGGGUUACUAAGUACAAUCUGUUGUGUAUGCACAAACAAAUCUUAAAUUGAUGCUUUCCUUGAAAUUAUUUUGUCUUAAACAUACAGAUGGUUACCAGCCCUUCUGAGAACCUCAGAAAGGCUACUUGUUGCAAAUAAGCUCCCUAUAUUUAUUUAAGCCCUGAUAGGACUCUUAAACCUACAUGUAUUCUUUAAAGAACACACAAAUAUAACAGACUUUAAGAGAAUACACC